AUGGCGAUUAUCCAGAUUCCCAGCGAGUACGGUCUCGUCCUCGCCGCCUGCGUCUCCACCUUCUUCGUCGGCGCCUGGCACGGCGGCCGCGUCGGCGGCUUCCGCAAAGCAGCCAAGAUCCCCUACCCCUACGAAUACGCCUCGUACGAACAAGUGCAAACCGCGUCGCCGCAAUCCAAAGCCGCAAUGCUGGCCUUCAACUCGGCGCAGCGCGCGCACCAGAACUUCAACGAGAACCACGUCACCGCCCUCGGCGCCAUGCUCAUCAGCGGACUGAGAUAUCCUGUUGCGGCGGCGGUAUUGGGCGCGGUGUGGAGUGUGAAUCGCGUGGUUUACGCGGUGGGUUACACCAGGAGUGGCGAGGAUGGUGGCAAGGGGAGGUACUAUGGCGCGCUGUGGAUGAUUGCGCACUAUGCCAUGGUGCUUAUGAGCGGCAAGGCGGCUUACGAUCUUGUCAUGGCUUGA